AUGACCCAGAACCUUUCCGUGAAAACCCUCCAAAUUCGACACCGUUACGUACCGCUGGAAACCCAACCCCACCUAUCCAGCGUACAUAUCAGCUGCGCUCGUCCUUCGACUGUCUCCGCGCGCUACCAAUUCCCCGCGUCUUCCGUUCCUCGCGCUCAAAACCGCACCCCUUCACGAAAAGUAACUUCCAAUUUGACUCAAAGCUCAUCAUCCUCCGUCUACCGCGCUCAGAACUCCGUUCACGCUGUGACGACGGCGGACGCUGCGACGGCGAUUGCGAUGUCGCUGCCGCGUCGCCCGCUGGGUCGCACGGGCUUAAACCUGUCGAUCGUGAGCUUCGGCGCGUCGCCGUUGGGAAGCGUGUUCGAGGAGAUCGACGAGGAGGAGGGUGUGCGGGCCGUGCACGAGGCGGUCAAUCUCGGAAUCAACCUGUUUGAUGUCUCUCCGUUCUAUGGGUCUACUCGGGCUGAGACGGUACUUGGUAGGGCCAUCGCCACAUUACCCUGCCCGCGGGAGGAUGUAGUGAUUGCCACCAAGGUGGGGCGGUAUGGGCAGGACGAAUUCGACUUCAGUGCGGGUCGGAUCAAAAGGAGUGUGGAGGAGAGCUGUGCGCGCCUGCAGACGCCCUACGUGGAUAUCGUGCAGUGCCACGACAUCGAGUUUGGGUCUCUGGAUCAGAUCGUGAAUGAGACAAUCCCGGCCCUCCAGGAGCUGAAAGCGGCCGGCAAGAUCCGAUUCAUCGGCAUCACGGGCCUCCCUCUUUCCGUCUACCGCUCCGUUCUUCCCCGCCUGCUGCCUGGCUCGCUCGAUCUCAUCCUCUCCUACUGCCACUACUCCCUCAACGACACAACACUUGAGCCGCUGCUGCCGUGGCUGCAGCAGCAGGGCGUGGGGGUCAUCAGCGCGUCUCCAUUCUCUAUGGGCCUUCUAACCCCCCAGGGGCCUCCCUCCUGGCACCCCGCCCCCCAGCCACUCAAGGAUGCAUGCAAGGCAGCGGCUCUCGCCUGUGAGCAGCGGGGAGCAUCGCUGCCCCGACUGGCCCUCCAGUUUGCAACGAUCAACCCAGCCAUCACAACCACGCUUGUCGGCAUGUGCACGGUGCAGCAGGUGCGGGAGAAUGUGGCAGCAGCGAUCGAAGCAGCAGAGAGAGGCAUUGACGAGGCGAUGCUGAAAGAAGUGGAAGGAAUUCUGGCGCCUUAUAAGGACACUACAUGGGCCAGUGGUCGCCCUGAGAACAAUUGA